AUGCCCCCCUACAUGGUCACCUCCUUCGUCUCCUUGCCCCCCACAUCGCCCUCUGCGCAGGAGCCCCUCGACACCGACUCAUCCUCCAAGGAGCCCCCAGUCAAGAGCGGGGUCCCAGGAGCAAAAGACAGCACGGCGCUGCGGCAAGGGGUCCCCCAGAAGCCCUACACCUUCCUGGACGAGAAGGCGAGGGGCCGUUUUGGGGUGAUCCGUCUGUGCAAGGAGAACGCCACGGGGAAGCUCUUCAUGGCCAAGAUCGUGCCCUACGAGGCGGAGCGGAAGCAGAGCGUGCUGCAGGAGUACGAGAUCCUCAAGGCCCUGCACCACGAGCGCAUCAUGGCCCUGCACGAGGCGUACAUCACCCCUCGCUACCUGGUGCUCAUCUGCGAGAACUGCACUGGCAAGGAGAUCCUCUACAGCAUCGUGGACAGGUUUCGCUACUCAGAGGAUGACGUGGUGAGCUACGUGCUGCAGCUCCUGCAGGGCCUUGAGUACCUGCAUAGCCGCCGCAUCGUGCACCUCGACAUCAAGCCGGACAACGUCAUCAUCUCAGGCAUGAACGCCCUCAAGAUCAUUGAUUUCGGCAGUGCCCAGACCUACAACCCCCUUGUGCUGCGGCAGCUGGGGCGGCGCGUUGGCACCCUGGAGUACAUGUCACCAGAGGUGGUGAAGGGGGACCCGGUGGGCUCUGCAGCAGAUGUCUGGGGCGUUGGCGUUCUCACCUACAUCAUGCUCAGCGGGCGGUCGCCGUUCUUCGAAUUGGACCCCAUCGAGACGGAGAACCGCAUCCUGGCAGGGCGCUUUGAUGCCUUCAAGCUGUACCCCAACGUUUCGCAGAGUGCCGCCCUCUUCAUCCGCAAGGUCCUCGCUGUCCACCCCUG